AUGGCUGCUAUUCUCACAGAACUCAUCACUUUGGGCUUCUUGGAUGAAAAGGAAGUAUCUAGGAUCUGCGUGUUACUGGGCAGUCCUCGAGAUCUUUGUGUACCUCGCAAUGCAACAGUCUCAGCUGCCUGCAAUGUAAAUGGCUGGAGGCUCCCGAACCCAAGAUCAGACCGUGCACUAGAGCUACAUAUUCACUUGACAACGGUCCAGCCUCCAUCAGUCUCCUCUGAUCCGGAUUCGUAUCAUUGGCUAGUAAAUGGGAAUAAAUUUCAAACGUUCUCUUCAGCGAUCACUUGGGAGGCAAUUAGACCUAGGGAAAACACAAAAGACUGGGCCAAGGUGAUAUGGUACAAAGGAGCUGUCCCAAAACAUGCUUUCAACAUGUGGGUUGCAAAUUAUGACAGGUUGCCUACAAGAGUCAGACUUGCUUCUUGGGGAAUGCCAAUACCAACUCAAUGCUGUCUUUGCUCCAAAUUUCCUGAAGAUAGAGACCAUCUACUCCUCACCUAUGAGUAUAGCGUUGUCAUCUGGAAAUGGGUCCUUCUCAGGCUUCGUCCUACGGGAAGGUUAUUUUCUAACUGGCAGGAGCUUCUCUCAUGGUUGAAGGCCGAUAGCAAUCAAGCUCCAGAAACGCUUCGUCGUCUCGUGGCUCACACAACGAUAUAUCAUCUGUGA